CAUGAAGUUAGAUAAAUGUAUAAAAGCCUAGGCUAUGAAGGCAACUUGUUACAGUAUCGAAAGCAAAGUUCACCCAAAGUGACGCAAAGUUAAUACAGAAAAGAGUACGAUAAGCUGAGUGCGGUUCAAAGUUAUGGAAAAUAUAUUUUCGCUGUUCACCGUUUUGGUUGUGUAUACAAGCAUAAGUUAUGCCUCACAUCAUGGCUUUGAUGAGUCAUCAUUUGGCGGUCAUCAUCCCAUUGAAACGCACUCUGAGGUCUCCAAGCAUGUGCCGGUUAAAGUAAUCGAGAAAGUACCACUCUCAAUACCGCACCCGGUACCUGUAGAGGUGCCGAAUGUUAUACGCAUACAAAUACCCGAACCAUAUGCAGUGCAUGUGCCCGUGGAACAAGAGAUUCAAGUGCCCACAUAUAAUAUUGUGCCAGAGAUAACCGAAAAACGUAUACCCUACACAGUCGAGAAGCCAUAUCCGGUGGAAGUGGAGCGCCCAUACCCCGUAGAAGUGGUGAAACAGAUUAAGAUUCCAGUACCAAAACCAUAUCCGGUGCCAAUUACUAUUUACAAACAUGUUGUGCAGAAGGAUCAUGGUUGGGAUAAAUAAUAGAGAGUGUAGAGAUCAGAAGUUAUAGAUGGGCGUGGGUGUGCAUGAAA